GCUUUGCCUCAGGAGCCAACAGUAGUUAUCAGAGACACUUAGAGUAGUUCGUGUGUGUGUGUGUGUUCAUGUGUGUGUGCCAUGUUAUUGUAGUAAUCAUGUUCUAUUUAGAUUUUGUUUCUAAGAUGUAUAGUGAAAUUUUAUAUAUUCCAUAGCUAGAGUCUAGAGAGGGUCUGAACAUAAAAAAUAAGCAUAGAACUGAAGGAAAUGCCUCGCCGAAGACGUGGUGCAGUGAGUGGAUCUCGUGGAGGAUCGAGCCCGGACCUCUGUGACGACGAAGAUGGGAUGUGCACACGCGAAAAGCCGCAGCAGAGGAACGCAGCGAACGCGCGGGAGCGCGCGCGUAUGCGAGUCCUCAGCAAAGCGUUCUGUCGUCUCAAGACCACCCUGCCCUGGGUCCCGGCAGACACGAAGCUCUCUAAGUUGGAUACGCUGCGCCUUGCCACCAGUUACAUCGCGCACCUCAGGGCCAUCCUCACGGACGAGGUGGCAGAAGUGGCCCCCAUACACCCUCUCAACCUGACGUGGCCGUUUAGCUUCCAGCAGCAGAGUCAAGGCCAACAUGUUCAGGGUCCGCGGCUCGGAGACUGGACAGGACCUGGUGAAGAGUUGGGGCGGGGGGUGGAUGCGUCUCCUGCUAGCAGCAGUCAGGAUCUGGAGGAAGAAGACGGGACCCAUCACCAUCACCACCAUCACCACCAUACCUCGGGCUUCAUGAGCUCCCAUCACCACCACCAUCACCAUCAUCAGUACUCAGACUCGUUACUACAUCUCGGCUAGGAAAAUACCCGAAACCGUGAACACAUUCAGCUCAGUCGGUAUUACAGUAAUCUGCAUCAUUCAUGACUAAAACUUUAAUAGCUCCAUAUUGUUAACACUACCGGACAUGAACAGAUUUAUAAUACCCCUACCUGCAUACUCUUGUUAAGUGUAAGUAUGGACUAACAAACAAAACAAAAACAAACUCCGUGGCCUGUAGUCCGCAAGCGAACUAUACCGACCGAGUGACCGCCGCUU